GGGACUUCCGUGUUGGCGGGAUUCUGAACGCUGCCAUGGCUCAGACCGUGCAGAACGUUACAUUGUCUCUCACUCUGCCCAUCACGUGCCACAUUUGCUUGGGGAAGGUACGCCAGCCUGUCAUUUGCAUCAACAACCAUGUGUUUUGUUCUAUUUGUAUUGAUUUGUGGUUGAAGAAUAAUAGCCAGUGUCCAGCUUGCCGAGUCCCUAUUACUCCUGAAAAUCCUUGCAAGGAGAUUAUCGGAGGAACAAGUGAAAGUGAACCUAUGCUAACUCAUACAGUCAGGAAGCACCUUCGGAAAACUAGACUUGAAUUACUCCAUAAAGAAUAUGAGGAUGAAAUAGAUUGUUUGCAGAAAGAGGUAGAAGAGCUUAAAACUAAGAAUCUCAGCUUGGAAUCACAGAUCAAGACUAUUCUGGAUCCUUUAACCUUGAUGCAGGGCAGCCAAAAUGAAGAUAAACAUCCAGUUGUAGAUAAUCCAAGUAAAAUCGAUCCAGAAACUGUAGCAGAAUGGAAGAAAAAACUUAGAACAGCUAAUGAAAUCUAUGAAAAAGUAAAAGAUGAUGUGGAUAAAUUAAAAGAGGCAAAUAAAAAAUUGAAGUUGGAAAACGGUGGCCUGGUGAGGGAGAAUUUGCGACUAAAGGCGGAAGUUGACAACAGAUCACCCCAGAAGUUUGGAAGGUUUACAGUUGCUGCUCUGCAGUCCAAAGUAGAACAGUAUGAACGUGAAACCAAUCGCCUCAAGAAAGCCCUGGAACGGAGUGAUAAGUAUAUAGAGGAACUAGAAUCUCAAGUUGCACAACUAAAAAAUUCAAGUGAAGAGAAGGAAACUAUGGAUUCCAUUUGCCAGAGAGCGCUUUCUGCAGAUGGCAAUGGGAGCAAAAGUAGUGAGGAGGAUGUGGCAUCGAAGAACCAAGGUGAUAGUGCCAGAAAGCAACCUGGCUCAUCUGCCUCCAUUACUGUCCACCUGGCAAAGCCCUCCAGUGGCCGAAUCUCUGACACCAGUUCUGCCCGACAGGAAAACACUAGCAAAACAGAAUCAAACUGUCCUAAGAACAAAGAUAUAUACCAAAAACAAGUAGAAAUAAUGUUAGAUGUGACAGAUACAAGUAUGGAUACUUAUUUGGAAGGAGAGUGGAGUAAUAAACCAAAUGACUGUGUACCCUUUAAAGAUGAAGAGCUUUAUGAUCUUCCAGCCCCUUGUACUCCUUUGUCCCUUAGUUGCCUUCAGCUAAAUACACCAGAAAAUAGAGAAAGCUCUGUGGUCAAAGCAGGAAGUUCUAAAAAGCACUCAAACCAUCUCAGAAAAUUGGUGUUUGAUGAUUUUUGUGAUUCUCAAAAUGUUUGUAAUAAAGAUUCUUCAGAAGAUGAUACAAGUAGAAAUGAAAAUGAAAAAAAAUCAGAAUGUUUUACUUCCCCAAAGACAGGAUUUUGGGAUUGUUGCUCCACAAGCUAUGCCCAAAGCUUGGAUUUUGAAAAUUCAGAGGAGAACACAAUAGCAAAUUCUGUCGGAGAAAUAUCAUUAAAAUUGAGUGAGAAGUCAGGCUCAUGUUUAUCCAAGAGGCUGAAUUGUAUUCGCUCUUUUGAAAUGAAUCGGACAAGAACAUCCAGCGAAGCAUCAAUGGAUGCUGCUUACCUUGACAAAAUCUCUGAGUUGGAUUCAAUGAUGUCAGAGUCAGACAAUAGCAAGAGCCCUUGUAAUAAUGGUUUUAAGUCUGUGGAUUUGGAUGGGUUAUCAAAGUCUUCUCAAGGCAGUGAAUUUCUUGAAGAAUCUGAAAAGCUGGAAGAAAGAACUAAGCUAAACCUUUCCAAAAGUUCUCUAACUACUGAUCAGUUAGAAAAUGGAAAUGAAUGGAAACCUACUUCCUUUUUUCUCCUCUCUCCAUCAGACCAAGAAAUGAAUGAAGAUUUUUCACUCCAUUCUACUUCUAAUUCAGGAACUAAUGAUAUCAAACCCCCAAGCUGUUUGUUUCAGACAGAAUUUUCCCAGGGUGUUUUGUUAAGUAGUUCACAUCGACUAUUUGAAGAUCAAAGGUUUGGGUCAUCAUUAUUUAAGACGUCUUCAGAAAUGCACAGUCUUCAUAACCACCUUCAGUCUCCUUGGUCUACUUCCUUUGUGCCUGAAAAGAGGAAUAAAAAUGUGAAUCAGUCAACAAAAAGAAAAAUCCAGAGCAGCCUUUCCAAUGCCAGUCCAUCAAAAGCAACCAAAAGUUGACUGAUUAGGGAGGUGUUAUUUGUGGUUUUAUCCUGAAAGGAACAUAAAAAUUUUUUAAAGUUACUUUUUUCCCUUUAUAAAAGUCCUAGACGGUUUUGAAUUGAUGAUCUUUAAUCAGAUGCCAGGUCAGAAUGGUAACUUAACCUGUAUCCACUGUACUUAUUUCAUUUUGAAAAAGACUUUGGUCUUUUUAUUUUUAUUUAGAUAUCUUUUGGACCUGAGAAAGUUUUUGUUUGAUUGUUUU